GCAACGUCCUCGCUCAUCAUGCUGGUCAACGUCCUCUGGCUGGCCGCCACUUUAUCCACCGUCUUUGCAUACUCAAAUACACAUCCUAUAAUUGCAUGGUCAUCUCAUCGUGCACCAUCAUUAGAGGCCACGUCCUCGAGCGACGUACUUGAAAGGAUUCUCCUCUCUGAUGAUAUCUGUAACCAUGAUGCAGUAGUCCUGUUUGACCAUCCCGGACUUCACGCGUCCGACCUACGUUUGCUAUCGCCAAACUCAGCAAUCACCACAACUCUCAACGCUGCACCUUCCUCGCUCCAGCUACCUUAUGUCGUCAGCAAUCUCGGCAAUCCCUUCCCCGACCUCGCAGAAGUGAUUUCGAAAAGAUGUGGAUCCAAGCUCGUACAUACCAACCUAGGGGGCUUGAGCGAAGGCGUAGCGCAGAAUGGGGAGAAGCAUGUCAUUUGUGUUAGUAUGCCACCGAUUUCAGAUGGGGAUUUUGGCCGGAGGAAGCAUCUCAUGAGCGAAUAUGAGAGCCAACUAUCCUCAGAUCUCGAAGCUCUGUCCUUCAUCUCACCCCACCAUCUCGUUGUAUAUGCAGGCCGACCUCACUUUUCUACCUUCCGCGCGCGCCAAGACCCUUCAGACCCCCAAGCUCCGCCGCACAACGGAACCGCAUUUCCAGACGGCGGUGUUCUCAAACGAUAUCAGCUCCUUACCCCCGGGCUUAUCCUGUCUUUGCUUGUCGCUUUCUUCGUGUUGGUUCCAGUGAUUCUGGGAGGAAUUCACGCGUUGGCAAGUAUCAAGAACCCAAUUCGAGUAGAUAAUACGAAGUUCAGUGCUGUUGAGAAGAAGAAUCAGUAGGUCAUGGGCACUGGAUUAGGACAGUUUGUAGGAAAGGCAUAUCUUUCGAUAUGUACGCAUGAGGUAUUAUUCAAUGCUUGUGUCGUUAGACAUGAGCGAUGAUAUCCAAACCCUUAUAUAUGAGGCGCUAUAUUGAAAACAUCGUCAUUCUUCGUCUACAACUAUCACAGUCGGAUCUGGAGCGGGAGAAGAUAAAGCGGUUAGAGAUGACGACCCUGGAACUUCCUCCACUUCGUUCAAUGACAUUGGUGAAUCAGACUGCGGAAGUUUCGUUGGUGGUUUCUUCGGACGUGCGGCCUCAACAAGCUGGUUGAAUGCCGCUUUGUUUGCUUUCUACAGAUGAGAUUGCAGUGGUCAGUAUUUUCGAGCGUGGGUACAAGAAGGCAAUGAUUACUUGAUAGGCAUUCAAGUCCGUUACAGCUUGUCUCUUCGUUUGCCGUUCAGUUUCCCACUUCUUCAGUUCUCGUCGUAGGUCUUCCAGUGUCAAGCGAUCUGUUGGAGUGCGGUCCAAAUUGGCAUUGUAUAGUAGGGCCCAUCUCUCAUGCCGUUUGAUGAGUGUGUCCUUGUCGCCGUUAUUCGGCAAGUCGUGAUCUGCUAGCAUCUCUCUCAGCCGU